AUGGAGUCUAUGGGGCAGCAGAACCACACAGCACUGACAGAAUUCAUCCUGCUGGGAUUCGGGAGUGGACCUGGGACCCAGGUGCUUCCCUUUGUGGUGUUCCUUGUGAUUUACAUGGCCACCGUGCUAGGGAACACUAUCAUGAUUCUCAUCAUUCGAACUGACCCUCAUCCUCACACCCCCAUGUAUUUCUUCCUCAUGAACCUGUCCCUUUCAGACCUCUGCUACUCCUCAACCAUUGCCCCCAAAGCCAUGGCCACCUUCCUACAAGACAGCAAAACCAUUUCCUACAAUGGAUGUGCUGCACAGUUGUUCUUUUUUGGGUUUUUUUGCAACACAGAAGCCUUUAUUCUGGCAGCAAUGGCGUAUGAUCGAUACAUAGCCAUCUGUAACCCACUCCUCUACCCUGUCACCAUGUCCAAAAGGGUCUGUGUUCAGCUCAUUGUGGGCUCCAAUAUCUGGAGCAGCACCAAAUCUAUAGUGCAAACCAGCUUCACCUUUGCACUCAGCUACUGUGGGCCUAAAGAGAUCAACCAUGUUUUCUGUGACAUCCCCCCCUUGCUAAACCUGUCCUGCACCAGUGACAUUCACACCAAUGAAAUGGUGCUGGUUAUUAUAUCUGGCCUCAUCAUAGUGAUCACCUCAGGAAUCAUUCUCAUCUCUUACACCUACAUCAUCUAUGCUAUUCUCAGAAUUCACUCGGCCAAGGGCAGGCUCAGGACUUUAUCCACCUGCUCCUCCCACGUGGUGGCUGUGGCUUUAUUUUUUGGGACCGUUUCCUUUAUGAAUGCCCAGCCAGGUUCUCUGUCUUGCCCCCAUCAGAGCAAGGUGGUGUCGGUGCUCUAUACCCUUGUCAUCCCCAUGUUGAAUCCUUUCACCUGCAGCCUCAGGAACAAAGAUGUGAAAGAUGCAUUGAGGAGGACCAUAGGUAGGAUAAUGAUUUCAAAGUAA